CUAGCCAUGGAGACAAUCAUACGUGGUGUGAAGGGUGCAGAUGCGCAGAAAGUGUGCAACUUCGACACAGCGAAGGAGAUGUGGCCGACGCUGACCGCUGAGAAGACGCAGCGAGAUUUCUCGUAUGCGGUGCACCUCAAGCGCGAACUGUACACGCAUUCCUACACACCGGGGAAGAAGAUGGCGGACUACAUUCAAGAGAUGAACUCGCUUCGUCAGCGACUGCAGCACAUGGGGCCUGGCUUUGAGAUCCAUGAUAAUGAGAUGUCUCAGUUGCUGCUGAUGGGAGUUUGUGCGGUGCAUCGGGAACUUGUGACUCAGUUUGACUUCUCUUACCGGCAAGGUCUGUUUCCAAACUUGCAACAAGUGAAGAACGCGUUGCUUUCUCGUGAUGAAAUGGAGAAGAUGGCUACAGACUCAGCUGCAAAUAGUGGAGCACCGAGUUGUGGCAGCUCGGUAGUGAUGUAA